AUGGCCGAGCCAAUACUGUGGUUUCUUGUGGCCUCAAACACGAUAUUGCUUUCCAUUCUGGCUUCCGCGUACCUCCCUUGGGUGAUCUCUGCCUACCAGUCAACGGUCGUCAUAUUCUCAACGGUUUUCACAACUCGUGCACUGUCCUUCAUCUACGGUGGAGCUCUAGCUCUCUGUGCAUUCUACCUUUGGAAUCUGCAAGCAGCAGUUCAAGAACUUGAAGAUGAGAUUGAAAAACUCAAAGCUAAGAAGAAGAAGCCGAUCCUUCGACCGGCGUAUGGUGUUGAUGGUAACCUGGUGGCCAUAGUUCACGCUCGGGGACAACAGCAGCCUACUAGCGGCGUCACAGUAACACGCCGCGCAACUAUCGCACGACCAUCUCUCAGUACAACGCCCGCAGUAGCCCCUUCCAGUUCUUCACCCACGCCUGUGUCAACAACCAUACCCGCACCGCCGCUCGCUUCCUUCCAGCGCCGUGCGGCUUCGGAAUGGAAUGGGUGGCCGGAUGGCCCUACUGAAUAUAGCCUCUCGCGGCCAGAGCUGACAACGCCCGGGGCAUUUGACGUGUUCUGGGUGCUGGAAUCGCUUCCUAGCGUUCGUCGAGGCUCUAUUCAUUCACCCACACUCCUAUCCGGCAAGAAAUUUCGUUCAAAAUGUCGUGGGACGCUGAUUUGCGGUGCUUCACGCUGCGCUUAUGGCCUACGCAUCGCUCCUGACUCGACAAUGAAAGGAAUUACCCGGCAGCUGAAACAGCGUUGUGGUUUUUCGGGGCGGUGCGAGCCUGACAAAUCAUGGAAACCACACACACAUGGCAAGUAUUCUCAUCGUCUUUUACUUCCAUCCGAUGGCCGUACGACCCCAAAUUUGGUCGAACUUACGGGCGAUGACUGUUCAUCGGCCUUUCCGGGUUUAUGGCGCCAGCUCAACUCUACUAAUAAAUUGGAGAACGAUGAAUCUAUUCAAACACGCAUGCAAGAUGAUCCGUCAGAACUUGAGGAGGAGGAGGAUAUUGUUGGACCUCAAGAGUGGGAUGAAGCAGAGCAGCAUGAGCUGGAUGACGACCCUGACGCAGACACAGGCGAUGCCGAAUAGCGGCUGCAUGUAG